AUGUGGGGGAGUGGGUCCCAGUCGCCACUGGGCUUCAGCCAGAGCCAGGGAGGAGGAGGCCUGUAUGGCGGGGCCUACUCCCAGGCUUCCGGAUUCGGGAGCCAGAGCCAGCAGACGCAACCGUUUGACCUCAGCCAGAGCGUCUUCGGCGCGAGCCAAAGCCAGAGCCAGGUCGGCAGCCAGCCCGCUGCACCCGAGUGCACGGAGUGCCAUUCGACCGAGAUGCUCACCACGGAUGACGGGGACAUGGUAUGCGCGACGUGCGGCACCGCUUACGAGGGCAACGUGAACGAGGUGGUGGAGAUGGAGAACAACAUGCUUAUAGGCAUCAACAGGCGUCGCAUCAGGAGGGACAAGACGCCGGUGGGACCUAGGCUUGACGCCAAAGGCCGGAUCGUGAGCUUCGCCGACACCCGGUACUGCCUGCGGGCGUUCCAGAUAAUCUUCCUCCGGCAUGUCAAGACUACUGUAGUUUAG